UGUUGAUUUCAGUAACAUUCUCAGAAGAAAAGUUAGUCACAUUUGAGUUGCUCUUUAAUUUAAAUCUCUGUUGUAAACCCAUGUCGAUGGCAGGUUGAAAAAAGCUCAUUUGGCUUAAAUGUCAUGUCUUAAAACAUGGAUUCCUGAACAAGUAAUAAGGAGAUGUAGUCUUAGCUUGUUGACCAUUCCCCUCCUCAACGCUGCCCUUUUACACAAAUUAAAAAUGACGUAGUUUUGUUUCCGAUUUGUUGACCUUCUCAGUUGGUAGUUAGGGGGUAUUUUACAGAUCUAGUUUUUGAGUCGUUUGAUGCGUUGUUUCUGCAAAGGGUAGCUAGCUCCAUCCUUUAUCCAACGUAUAAAUACAAAAGUAGAGUGUAGCCAAAAUAUUCUGUACAAGAAGACCCUACCAUCAAAAUCUAACCAUGGGGGACCCAACUUCACGAAGAAAUCAAACAAGAAAUCGACUACGAGCUCAACUUCGGAAGAAAAGGGAAUCUUUGGCUGAUCAGUUUGACUUCAAGAUUUAUAUAGCCUUCGUUUUCAAAGAAAAGAAGAAGAAGUCUGCACUUUUUGAGGUAGCUGAAGUGGUGCCAGUGAUGACCAACAACUAUGAAGAAAACAUCCUACGAGGUGUGCGAGAUUCCAGCUACUCUCUCGAGAGUUCGAUAGAACUCCUGCAAAAAGAUGUUGUGCAACUGCACGCCCCCAGAUAUCAGUCAAUGCGAAGGGAUGUGAUAGGCUGCACACAGGAGAUGGACUUCAUCCUUUGGCCACGCAACGAUAUUGAGAAGAUUGUCUGUCUGCUGUUCUCCAGAUGGAAGGGGGCUGAAGAUGAACCCUUUAGGCCUGUUCAGGCCAAGUUUGAAUUUCAUCAUGGAGACUACGAGAAGCAGUGCUUGCAUGCUUUGGGUCGUAAAGACAAGGCUGGAAUGGUCAUGAACAACCCAACGCAGUCUGUAUUUCUCUUCAUGGAUAGACAGCACUUACAGACUCCUAAAACCAAGGCCACAGUGUUCAAGUUGUGCAGCCUCUGCCUUUACUUGCCCCAGGACCAGCUGACCUGCUGGGGUGUGGGAGACAUCGAGGAUCACCUCCGCCCAUACAUGCCUGAUUAAGGCUCCCUGCAACACCCAGCCACAUAGGGAAAAGUCCUCCCCCUCUCUCCAGCCUAAGCCUUCAGAAGCAAAUUGAUGUACUCAUCUCCACCCGUUUCCUUUUAAAAGAUUUGAACUUGUGCUUGGAUCUCUCCUUUUUUGUUACCUACUCAGUCUCCCCUCCCUGACCUGAAGCUGAUUUAGUUCCCAUCCUUGUUUUUUUUCCCUCACGCUCCCAAUGUUCCUUCUCUUCUCUCUUCCAUUUUUGGAGUGGUUCCCCCAUUUCUUUUGUUACUCCCUCUUCAUUCCCUCCUACUCACUCAUCCAUUUUUGUUCAUUUGAACCUGCACGAACAUUGAUUUUGAGUGGUUGGUUGUUCUCUUGGAGCCGCACUGUCAACAGCACCGGUCAUUGAAGGAACUCUUUAUGUUGCAUCAAAACAGGAACAAACAAUACACAGGUCUUCACGGUGGUUCUCAGAUGGACAUGUUUUAUAUCCUUGUUGUCAUAAGAAAGGAUUGCUAAAGCUUGUUUGUAAUGGCAAUGGGGUUUCUAGAACUUUACACAAUCUUUUGACCAAGGAUAGGUGUGAAUAGGUGUUAUAAAACCUGUAUAAGUAAAGAAAACAAGAUGAACAAUAUUUGUCAAAUCAUAUGGUGUAGGUAUUGCUUCUUAAAAACCGCCUUAGUUUUUUUGCUGGACUUUGAAAAAAAAAAUUGUUGCUGUCAUUUGCUUUCCUCUGAAACAUGCUAGGCAGGCCUUUGCUAAAAUCUUGAGUGACUUGAAAGGCAUUGUACACAAAGUUGAGACAUGUUGGUUAGAUGUUGAAGGUCAUUGUCACCAUUCAUGCUCCAUUUGUUUAAGCUACUGAAAUCUGAUGUUUUAUGUUUUGUUUUAUUUGGGAUGUGGGUUGCUGAUAAACUGAAAUGGUGACAUACUUAAUGUUAAACUUGCCUAACAAAAGUUGCUGAAAGAUAACUGAUUUGUUUAAUUUGACCUACUAAAAUGAAGAUAAUUUGCUUCCAUGCUCAUCAAAUUAAAAUUGGGUUUUGCAGGCUUGCUUGUCAAAGAAUAUGAAGUACAUGGCAUAUAAUUUUGCUCCUUGUUGAUUCAGUGUGUUCAGUUAAAAGGGUAUAAGGUGUGUAACUUCUGGUUUUUUUUCUGUUGAAUCUCAAAUCAAUACUGCUGAGCAUAUCCCAAUACAAUGCAAAUUCUGAAAGCAUAA